CUACCUUUUGCUGUUCUUAUGGAGGGGUAUCGUGCAGCAAAUGUUCUGUAAAGGGUAUAAUCAUCCACUUCAGGUGUCAGGUCUCCGACCCAUAAUGAGAAUUCACGAUCAAGAGACGGUCGCCCUGUAGUUCCCGCAUGAUUCAACUUGAACCGGACAGGCUUUUCCCUCACUGAACAAUCAGCUCAUCACUCCUUGGCCAUGGCAAAAAUUUCCUGGAAACAAAUUAGAUACUGGCCUCUCUUCAAUAUUUCCAAGAAGAACCACCAUGACAAGACUAUUUAAUACCAGUCUUCUUAUUGGAAAGCAACAGUUGAAACAUAAACAUGUGACACACAAUGCAAUACUGCACGAUAAGUUACCCAAUGAAUGUAAUAAAUUUCAAGAACAUAAAUUAGCACAUAUUGCCCAGUUGCAUUAUAAUCAACAAAAACUAGUGGUAUCCACAACUUACAACAGUUAACUUACCACUCUUAUAUCCUUUAAGAGUAGACCAUCACUCCAUAUAUUUUUUAUAAAAUAAUGAAACUGCAGCCUACCAAACGAAUGAAUUACACUUGCAAACAAAGAAUUAGUUACACCUGAUUCCUAUUAUUUAAAUAACAGAUUAUGCUAAUGUUUGCUGAACAUAAUUCAAAAAUUAAUGUAAUAUAACAAGACUUAUAUAAAAAUCUUAAAGUAAUAAUAAUAAUAGUAAUACCAAUAAUUCAGAAUUUUGUAAUACCACAAUUAAUUAAUCCAUUAACCCAUUUAACUGUUAAAUGAGACAAAUUCUUACGUUUAGUUGGAUGACGCUGAAAAUGAACAAAAUUUCUUCACAGUAAAGGGCAAUAGAAAUCAAUAUAAUUUAAAGUACAAGAGGAAUAAUUGAAGUUCUUAACAACUAACAAGAUGUAAUAAGAUAUAAAGUUAUAUACAUAUACAGUACAUACAGGAUUGGUUGUAUUUGGAAUAAGUUUCCCAUUUAGUUUGUGCAUGGCAUUUAGAGCAGCUUCAUCAGUUGAAAAGUGUACGAAGCAAUACCCAGCUGGUUCGCCUGUAUAUUUAUUCCUCAUUACUUUCACAUUCUGAGGACUUUCACCCAUCCUUUGAAAAGCUGUCAUUAUAAAACUUUCAGUCAUAUAAGGCUCCAAAUUACCCAUCCACAAUUGACAAAGUAGGAAACCUGUAUUAGAUGUCAUAAUAUGCAACGUCCAAAGCGUUAUUGCACUGAUAUCUCACGCUCCCUUCCACACGAAGUAGCCCAAGAAUUUUAUUGCAAUAACCGUCUUUUAAAAUCGCCACUGCUGGCGCCAAACUAACGCAAGAAAAAUGUCGACCCAGUCAUUAAAACACAGUGAUAUACCUACAUACAUAUAGACACUAAGCACGCGCCGACAACGCUUUGCACAGGUUGCUUUGCAAUCGCAUUACCGGUACCUCCCACUGCCCACUAAAGUUGGCUAGUGUCUGUCUGGCUGAGUGCCUGAUAUGGUACUUCAGCAUUUCGUCGCAGCGAACCAAUAGAAAUGGUCAAAGAAUCUACAUUAGCUUCGCACCAGAACAUUUCCGAAC